AUACCACUCUCUUCUCCACUUGUUUCAACUUUGUUCUUCUCCAAUGGCUCUCUCCUCUCUAAAUUUCUCUGUUUUAUUCUUUCUCCUCUUCACUCCUUCCAUUUGCUCGUACUCGUCUCUGACUUCUUCAAAUCCUAGUCAAAUCUCUGCAACAAGUUUCUGCAAGAACACACCACACCCAGACGCUUGUUUCCACUCCUUAAAAUUAUCCCUCUCCAUCAACAUAAGCCCCAACAUUCUCUCUUUCGUCCUCCAAACCCUCAAAACAGCUAUUUCCGAAGCCGGAAAACUCACCGAUCUCCUUUCGGGCGCCGGAAUGGACAACAAACUCUUCGAGGGCCAGCGUGGCUCACUUCAAGACUGCAAAGAUCUUCACUACAUCACUUCGUCCUUGUUGAAACGAUCACUCUCAAAGAUCCAAGACGGUGAUAAGGAUUCACGAAAGCUAGCAGACGCUAGAGCUUACUUGAGCGCCGCUCUCACCAACAAAAACACUUGCUUCGAAGGUCUUGAAUCUGCCUCUGGUCCACUAAAGACGAAGCUCGUGACCUCCUUCACGACCACUUACAAACACGUAAGCAACUCUCUGUCUGCUCUUCCGAAACAGAGAAAAGCCUACGGUAGCAACAAGACUAAAAACCGCCGGUUACUUGGGUUUCCCGACUGGGUCUCUCAAAAAGAUCGCCGGUUUUUAGAAGAUUCCAGUGACGGGUAUGACGAGUAUGACCCGAGUGAGAUCAUCAUCGUGGCUGCUGAUGGAACAGGGAAUUUUACAACUAUCAACGACGCCGUAAGCUUUGCUCCGAAUAUGAGUAACGAUAGAAUGCUGAUAUAUGUAAGAAAAGGCGAGUAUAACGAAAACGUGGAGAUUCCGAGCUACAAGCCUAAUAUUGUUCUGAUCGGAGACGGGUCCGAUGUUACGUUCGUUACCGGCAACCGGAGCGUUGGAGAUGGAUGGACCACUUUUCGAUCUGCUACUCUAGCCGUUUCAGGGGAAGGAUUCUUGGCGAGAGAUAUAACAGUAAUGAACACAGCAGGACCCAAAAAGCAUCAAGCUGUUGCAUUACGUGUGAAUGCGGAUUUUGUGGCCUUAUACCGAUGUGUCGUUGACGGUUACCAAGACACACUUUACACUCACUCGUUCCGACAAUUCUACCGUGAAUGCGAUAUAUAUGGAACCAUUGAUUAUAUCUUUGGGAACGCGGCCGUGGUCUUCCAAGGCUGCAACAUUGUUUCAAAGUUGCCUAUGCCGGGACAAUUCUCAGUUAUAACAGCACAGUCACGAGAUAGUCCGGACGAAGACACCGGGAUCUCGAUUCAGAACUGCUCCAUCCUUGCAACAGAGGAUCUAUUUAACAGCUCCAAUAGAGUUAAAAGCUUUUUGGGACGCCCAUGGAGAGAAUAUUCAAGAACAGUUCUAAUGGAGUCAUUUAUUGAUGAGUUUAUUGACGGUUUUGGUUGGACCAAAUGGAACGGUGGGAACGAAAUUGAUAGUCUUUAUUAUGGAGAGUAUAAUAAUAACGGACCGGGUUCUGAAACGGGUAAGCGGGUCAACUGGUCGGGUUACCACAUUAUGGAUUACGAAGAUGCGUUUAACUUCACGGCAACGGAGUUUAUCAUCGGCGAUAGUUGGUUGGGCAGUACUUCAUUCCCGUAUGAUAAUGGGAUUUAA